CUAAAUGAACUUUUUUGAAUACGUUUAUAGUAUAUAAAUUUUGUUGGUAUAAGAUUUUUAUAUUUUGUUGCUACAGUUUUUCAUAAACAUAACUAAUUGAGUAGUCUAGCUUUUGCAAUAGCAGCAAAAUAAUUUCUCGGGCAAAAAAAAAUUAAAUUUGAAGUAAACCGCAGAAAAGAACGAUGACAAAGAAAAUCAAAUUAAAAAAAAAAACAAUUAAUAUUAUUCAAAAGUUUUUUUUAAAGUAGAUUUUUUUAAAAUAAUUAAAAUUUGAAUAAAAACGAUAAUUAAAAAUAAUUUAUAAAAAAUUAUUUUCGAAAAUAUUGACUCAUUAUUAUUACGCAAAAGAAGUAACAAAUGAAAAGAAGGCUGACAAAUUGUUACAUAAAAAUAAAAAAAAUAUAUUGUAUAUACUCGUAUAUUUGAAACAGUGAAUUUUCGAGUGUACGAGCUCGGUUACAAAAAAUUAUUAAAAUUAUUCAGAAUAUCGCCAAUAUUGCAGUAACUGCACUUUAUUAAUGUAUUAAGUAUUGGACUUAAUUAAAUUUAAUUUAAUUCCAUUAAUUAAUUUGAAAAUUUAACUUCAAAAAAUUAUUAGACUAAAAAUAAAAUAUAUUCUACAUUUGUACAUACAUAUGUUGUACAACAAAAUAUUAAGUGCGUUUUCUUUGUGUGUGGGAGUCAUAAAAAAUAACAAUAAUUUUUGACAAUUGUUUUCACACAAAUAAGAAGAGAAAAGGCAAAGCCACGCAAAUCGUAUACAUACAUUUGUAUAUCAAAAAUUAUAAAAGUAUAUUCUGAAAUUUAGGAAUUUAGGUGAAGCGUUUUAGAGACAAAGAUUUUUAAAACUUUAUGAAAAAUAGGAUAUAAUAUUUAAAAAAAAUUUUUAAAUAUGGAAUGGUAUCCAGAGGAUGAGGAAGAAGAAGAAUUGCAAUUUUCACCAGCUUUGUUAGCCAGGCGAGCUUCUGAAAGUUGGAUAAUAGCACCACCAGUUGAGAGCGUACCAAUAAACGUUAAUCUGCAGAGGAAAAAAUCUUUACCAGAUUUUCAAGAAUUACCUAUUGCAACUUCAAUGAUGAGUCGUGAAGAAGUCUCGGCAUUAGGUUCUGCACGUCGUGAAGAAGUUCGCAGACAAGUUGAACUUAAUGAAAGAUUAAAAGCUAAUCCUUUAUUAUAUUUAGUCAGUCCACAAGUUAAGGAUUGGUUCUCUCGUCAACAAUUGGUCCUAUUGGUGCUAAUCGUCAAUGUAGUCUUGGCAAUAAUGUUUUUCAAGAUGUUAACAUAGCGUCAACUAAAUGUUGGCACUCAAUAUCCACCAAAAUCUUGUUAUUCAGUAUCUAUGCAAACAGGAUGAAUAAUUUAUUUUACUAUCUACAUAUAAGAGAAACUACAAUUUUUAAAAGAAUGAAAUUGGAAGAGAAAUGGUCUCUUUUACGAGAUAAUUUGUGCAAAUUUUUGGAUAGGGAAGUAUAAGAAAGAUUUGAGUUUUUUUUCAAUAAAAACAAAUUUUAUAAAUUAAUUUCAUAUACAAUAUAAGAAGAUACAUAUAUAUAAAGAUAUAAAAAAUUUUUUAAUAAUUUUUUACUAAAAUUUAAAAUUUUAAAUACAAAAUAUAUGUGUACUUUGGAAUCGUAUAUAUGUGUACAUUUAAUAAACAAAACCAAGAAAUAUGAAAACUUAAAAACAAAAAAAAUCGUUUGAUAUAAAUCAUAAAACAAAAAUCGAGAUCGAAAAUAUAAAAUUAAAUAUUAAUUAUAAAAAACAUGAUUUCUCUAUCAAAUUGCCUUCAGUUUAUAUAUACAUACAUACAAUUAUAUACUUACUCUAUUUACAAUUGUAACUUUAAAAACAAAAAUUAAUCACAAUAUCAAACUUAGAAUUUAAUAUUAAAAUUCAUUUUUUUAACUAUUCUCGAUUUAUUUAAAUGCCAAUUUUUUAUGAAGUCUAGAUAUAUUUAAAAAAAGCAAAAACUUUUAAUUAAAUUUUAAUGUGUAAUUAAAGAUAAAUGCAAUAUUUUAGAAGAACUGACAAAAAAAAACAAUGUAAAAAGAAAAGUAAUAAAAAAUAUUAUGUUCAUGACUAAAAUAUAUAUGUAUACCCAUGCAUAUAAAUUAAUUUAAAUAUACAAAUUUAGCAGAUACAUAGUUAUAUAUGUUUAUAAAACAUACAUAUAUAUAUAUAUAUAUAUAUAUAUGUAUACAUAUGUGUGUACAUAUUUAUAUUUACAUACUUAUAUAUUUAUAUACAUAAUAGUAUCAAUAAUUAUUGAUUAUAGUAUGUACAUACAUGUUUUAUUUUUAAACAUUGACCAUAUUAUAAUAUAAUUGUAAUGUUAUGCCUUCGUUAAGUAAAAAUCUAAACUUUUGUUAGAGUUAUAAAAAAGUUAUUUUUUAAUUGACGAAAAAUGCAAAUAAAAAAAAUUAAGGAAAAAGUUAUAGAAAAUAAACAGGAAUUUCUUCCUUCUUUCUAUAUAAUUGUUAUAAAAACACCCAAUUGAAUGGGAAAUAAAAUGUUAUUUUUUAUUAUGAAUUUUAUAAAAAAAUUUAUGCAAUUUUUUACUUUUAUCAUAAAAUUUUAUGUAUUUAAAUAUAAAUUAUAAAAAAAAAUAUACUCUUGUUAUUAUCAUAAUUAAAUAAA